UUCUCUUCAUCACCGUACCUGAGCUCUGACGUCACACCACCAGGUGGCAGCCGUGUACAGAUGAACAGUCCAGUGUGAAGUCAGAGUGAAUGACCACUUCACUUCCUGUCACGUGACUGCACCAGCCGCUUAACAAAGUUGAAUGAAUGAAAUCAAAGAGGCUCUGGGACCAUUUCCGGCCCAGUCGUGUUGCACGUGUGUGAACCGUGAAACGUCACAACAAGUAAAUCAGAGUUCAGGCGCCGGAGCGGACUGGGGUCUGUGUUCUCGUCUCUCCGGUGUGUGCUGGUGGAUCGUGUCGGUCCGGGGGGACGAGGCUCCUCACGGAGACUAUGAGAAGAUGAAGCGGGUUCUGUGGAUCGUGGUGUUUUUACUGCGGAGCCUCGGAGGGAGCGGUGUGAUGUUUACGAAGCACCCGUCCAAUCAGACGGUGUCUCAGGGGAACGCGGUCCGACUGGGUUGUGCAGUUCAGGGUCUAACGGAGCCGGACAUCAUGUGGAUGAAGGACGGAGACAAACUGUUCAGCACCGACCAGAUGUUCAUCACCCUGGGAGACAAACACUGGGAGACGUUCCACAGUGUGAAGUCUGUGCAGCAGCAGGAUGCAGGUCAGUACUGGUGUGAGGUGGAGUUCCAUGGUCUGACGUUCUCCUCUGAACGAGCCUGGAUCACCGUGGAAGGCGUCCCUCACUUCCUCCUGGAGCCUCACGACGUGGCCACGUUCCCCAACAAGCCCUUCAACAUCACCUGUGCGGCGGUCGGCCCCCCUGAGCCGGUGGAGGUGCUGUGGUGGGUGGGUGGGGUCCAGAAGGGAGUGUCCAGACCGUCCCCCUCUGUCCUGUACGUCCCAGGAGUGAACAGCAGCGUCAAGUUUUAUUGUGAAGCAAAGAACGCCAGAGGAAUCUCAGUGUCCAGGACCGGCACAGUUCACAUUAAAGUGUUGCCUGCGGCUCCAGUUGAACUCCAGGUGCUGAGCAUGAUGAACAACAACGUCACAUUGUCAUGGAGACCUGGAUUCACAGGUCACUCUGAGCUGUCCACCUGCAUCGUCCAGGUGUGGAGGCGGGCGGUCCGGAGGGGUGACCUCCCCCAGCAGAGGGUUUUGGUUCCUCCUCACCUCCACGUCCUGUCAGGUGUGAGGAGUCACUCUAACUACAGUGUGAGGGUGGCGUGUGUGAAUGAGGUGGGGGCGUCGCCCUUCUCCCCCUGGCUCCACCUCCAGACACCUGAGGCAGUGCCCUCGGCAGCCCCCAGGAACCUGACCUUUGACCUGUCAGAGCAGCAGCUGGGUCUGAACUGGGCGGAGCUUCAGGAGGAGGAGCUGCAGGGCAAACUGCUCGCCUACAAGGUGCAAUGGACUCUGGGAGGAGAACCUCAGGAGCCUCUGCUGUUUAAGGAGAACCGGGCUCACCUGACGGGGGGAGGACGUUUCUUCAACGCCUCCUUCCAGGUAUCCGGCUGCACCUCAGUGGGCUGUGGACCGUGGAGCCCCCCGGUGGUGGUGCUGCCUGCUGCAGGUACACCUCAUUGUCCCACCGUGGUUCAUAUAACAUUGCAGGUCCAGGUCCAGCGGAGCCACAUGUGGGUCGGUGUGCUGCUCGGUCUGUUCGUUGCCACCGUGGCCGCUCUGCUGCUGUUGGCCGUCGCUCACCGUCGAGGGAAGGAGACGCAGUUUGGUUGGGUCUUUGACUCUCCUGGUCCUCAGAACUCUGUGUCCUUCACCGCUGCUCGUUCCUUCAACAGAAACUGUGCUGAGACACACAAGUCGACACUGGACAAUCUAGGUAUAAACAAUGACCUGAAGAACAAACUGCAGGACGUCCUGAUUCCAGAGAGACAGCUCACACUGGGUCACAUGCUGGGGAAAGGUGAGUUCGGCUCGGUGCGUGAAGCCUUCCUGAAGACUGAGGACACGUCCAUCCACAAAGUUGCCGUCAAGGUUCUGAAAUCUGACAUCACUUCGUCAGGAGACAUCGAACAGUGUCUGAAGGAGGCGGCCUACAUGAAGGACUUCCAUCACCCCAACGUCAUUCAGCUCAUCGGAGUGAGUCUUCAUCGGCGUCCAGGCCAACGGCUCCCGAUCCCCAUGGUGGUUCUUCCCUUUAUGAAACAUGGAGAUCUGCACACGUUCCUCUUGCUGUCGAGACUGGGCGAGACUCCAUUUGACCUGUCCCUUCAGACUCUGGUCCAGUUCAUGUUGGACGUGUCCCGGGGAAUGAACUACCUGAGCAGCAGGAACAUCAUCCACAGAGACCUCGCCGCCAGGAACUGCAUGCUGGAUGAGAACAUGAAUGUGUGUGUUGCAGACUUCGGCCUCUCAAAGAAAAUCUACAGUGGAGAUUAUUACAGACAAGGUUCCGUCUCCAAACUGCCGGUGAAGUGGAUCAGUCUGGAAAGUCUGUCUGAUAACGUGUACACGAGCCAGAGCGAUGUGUGGGCGUUUGGCGUCACCAUGUGGGAGGUCAUGACUAGGGGUCAGACUCCGUAUCCCGGCGUGGAAAACUCUGAGAUCUACGAGUUUCUGAUCAAAGGAGAACGACUGAAGAAACCUCCGGACUGCAGGAGCGAUAUUUAUGAGCUCAUGCACAGCUGUUGGAGUCCAGUUCCCAAAUGUCGUCCUAGUUUCCACCAUCUGGUGCGACAGCUGGAGGCGCUGUGGCUCAGCCUGGGCCCCGCCCCCCCACAGAGGGAGCCCCUGCUGUACAUGAACCUGGAGGGGGAGGAGCCAUGCGGGGAGGGGGAGGAGCUGGGCCGGGAGGGAGGAGGGCAGGAGGCGGCGGCCUCCAGCGGUAGCGUCCCCUGGCAGCGGCGAGCGGGAGCCGAGGAGAGGGACUGGCUGAUGGCGGCGUCCGGGGCGGCGCUCGCCAUCGGAGGAGACUACAGGUACAUCAUGGGCCCCUGUGGGGGCCCCGAGGAGGAGGAGGGGGGUAGGAGGAGGGAGUCGAUGGACACAGUACAGGAAGAUGACGAGGACGACGCCGUCAUUAACGUCUGACUGAGACAGAUCAAUCAUCAGGGACGCAGCAGCAGGUGGGGGGAGACAGACUGACGCACAUUAACCUUCUCUAACCUCGAGUGACAUCAUCGACCAGCUUUGUGUCAGAGUGACGUCUCACUCUGUUCGAACAGCAGAUGAUCACACUGAUCAGAUGUCCACAGACUUUUGGCCGCGUGGAGGCAGAGACACGUCGCCAAGUAACGGAUCAUUUAAUAACCACGCCGCGGUCACAUGACUGUGGUUGUCGGACCGGACUGGACUGAACCCGUCCAGACCCUCUACAGGUCCACUGUCUCAGUCCCUCCCGACUGUGACGGCGCCACGACAACGAACCAUGUGAUCAAACUGAUUCUUGUUUCUGGUGUAAAAAGAGGUCGACAGUGUUUUAGUUUCAUUCAACUUUAUUGAACUAUUUCAUAAAUCACGUCUUACAGGAAAACUAAUCAAUCGUAGAUCAAUUACUAAUCAACUGAGGAUCAACGACCACGAUGACUUCCUGAUGGUCACAUGGAGCAGGUGUCGUUCACUCGAACUUUAACCUUUGACAUGUCGACUCACAUGAAUUAUUGGAAUAAAAAUCUGCAGAUUCAUCAAUAA